UUCUUGAUCCGGAACUUGUCAAGAAACCACGGAAGCGGUAAUCGCGUGUUGGAAGCGUGUUCGCUACUCAAAAGUGAAGAACCUAAAGACGCCAGUGACGUGAGGAGAGGUGCUGUAGAUGCUCUCCAAAUCCUUGGUAAUGGAGUAUCUGGCUCAUCCUGGUACACUCAGCGUGGCUGCCGGAGUAGCUUGUGGCAUGUGCCUGGGCUGGGGCCUCCGAGUACGCUUUGGGACGGUCCCCAAAAGCUCAGUGAAAGAGACAGACACAGGGACCGGAACUGAAGCAAGCAUCUUAGGAGAGAGUGGGGAGUACAAAAUGAUUCUUGUGGUUCGAAAUGACUUAAAGAUGGGAAAAGGGAAAGUGGCUGCUCAGUGUUCUCAUGCUGCUGUUUCUGCCUACAAGCAAAUUCAAAAGAGGAACCCUGAAUUGCUCAAAGAAUGGGAAUACUGUGGCCAGCCCAAAGUAGUGGUCAAAGCCCCUGAUGAGGACACUCUGAUUGCCUUAAUGACCCACGCCAAGAUGCUGGGACUGACUGUAAGUUUAAUCCAAGAUGCUGGACGUACUCAGAUUGCACCUGGCUCUCAAACUGUCCUAGGAAUUGGGCCAGGACCAGCAGAUCUAAUUGACAAAGUUACUGGUCACCUAAAACUUUACUAGGUAGAAUUUUAUGUGAUGAUUGUCCCCCUAUCGCAAAUGUUUGAAACUGUCAAAUUCUAACAAUAAAAGCUGAAUUUCUUCC